AUGGAGCGAGAACAUAUUAUUCAUAUAUUGGCUGGCGCGCUCUGCACUGGUGUAUGCUUCACUGGCGCGCUCUCCACUGGUGUAUACUUCACUGGCGCGCUCUCCACUGGUGUAUACUUCACUGGCGCGCUCUCCACUGGUGUAUACUUCACUGGCGCGCUCUCCACUGGUGUAUACUUCACUGGCGUGCUCUCCACUGGUGUAUGCUUCACUGGCGCGCUCUCCACUGGUGUAUACUUCACUGGCGCGCUCUGCACUGGUCGCGCUCUCUCUCCACUGGUGUAUACUUCACUGGCGCGCUCUCUCUCCACUGGUGUAUACUUCACUGGCGCGCUCUCCACUGGUGUAUACUUCACUGGCGCGCUCUCCACUGGUGUAUACUUCACUGGCGCGCUCUCCACUGGUGUAUACUUCACUGGCGCGCUCUCCACUGGUGUAUACUUCACUGGCGCGCUCUCCACUGGUGUAUACUUCACUGGCGCGCUCUCCACUGGUGUAUACUUCACUGGCGCGCUCUCCACUGGUGUAUGCUUCACUGGCGCGCUCUCUACUGGUGUAUGCUUCACUAGCGCGCUCUCCACUGGUGUAUACUUCACUGGCGCGCUCUCCACUGGUGUAUGCUUCACUGGCGCGCUCUGCACUGGUGUAUGCUUCACUGGCGCGCUCUGCACUGGUGUAUGCUUCACUGGCGCGCUCUGCACUGGUCUAUGCUUCACUGGCGCGCUCUCCACUGGUGUAUACUUCACUGGCGCGCUCUCUCUCCACUGGUGCGCGCUCUCUACUGGUGUUUACUUCACUGGCGCGCUCUCCAUUGGGGUAUACUUCACUGGCGCGCUCUCCACUGGUGUAUGCUUCACUGGCACGCUCUCCACUGGUGUAUACUUCACUGGCGCGCUCUCCGCUGGUGUAUACUUCACUGGCGCGCUCUCCACUGGUGUAUACUUCACUGGCGCGCUCUUCACUGGUGUAUACUUCACUGGCGCUCUCUCCACUGGUGUAUACUUCACUGAGGCGCUCUCCACUGGUGUAUACUUCACUGGCGCGCUCUCCUCUGGCAAGGGCAUGUCUCUGAAGGCAGCUAGGAAGCAUUUACUUCUGGCUCAUGACGACAAGAUAAUUUCAGACGAUGAGUUUGUUCUUUUGUACGAUUUUAACAAGUCAACAAACUUGGAUUUGCCUUACGAUCAAUAUCCACUUUUCGAUCUGGACGCAAUGCAAAACGACGAGUGUUUGGCUGAGUUUCGGUUCAGAAAAAAUGAUAUACCUACUCUGGCAGAAGUUUUGAGGAUACCGGACUAG